AUGGUCUCGCCGCUCCAUCAAGCUGCGGUGUUUCUCAGGAGCGUUGCUACGUUCAGUGGCGUGCACAUGUGUUUCAGACAUGUAGCCAAGGGGACUCACUGAAAACAACAUUGCUAUCACAGAUUCAAGUCUGCAACGUGGUGGACGCACCCGGCUCGGACAAGAUGAGCUCCAACGCAGGAUUGAAACAGACAGGAGUUCAGGAGAGGCAGUCGUUAAUGGGCAGAUCUUGACGGCAACCCCGCCGACCUGAGACGCCAAGAGUCGCCGCUGCAGAGCAUCGCGGCCACGCACUGAAUCCAAACAGAGCUGUUAUCCUCCACGACCAGCGUGGGACCUGAGACGAGACAAUGGCGAGCCAGGCUGACUGCUGCGUGAAGGUUGCAUUGAGGAUACGUCCUCAGAUGGCCAAGGAGAAGAUCGAAGGUUGCCACGUGUGUACGUUGGUCACACCCGGCGAGCCGCAAGUGCUCCUGGGGAAAGACAAGGCUUUCACCUACGAUUUUGUUUUCGACAUCGACUCGGAACAGCAGAGCAUCUACCAAGCGUGCGUGCACAAGCUCAUCGAGGGCUGCUUCGAGGGUUACAACGCCACCGUCUUUGCUUACGGCCAGACGGGCUCUGGGAAGACCUACACCAUGGGGACCGGUUUCGACGUGAGUCUGGCCAUGUCGGAGCAGGGCAUCAUCCCACGAGCGGUUCACCACCUCUUUGAAGGGAUCCAGAGCAGGAAGGAGAAAGCCAAAGAAGCUGGCACCCAGCCCCCCGAAUUUAAAGUCAGCGCCCAGUUUCUUGAGCUUUACAAUGAAGAGAUCCUGGAUUUAUUUGACGCCACGAGGGAUCCAGAGAGUCGGACCCGGAAGUCCACCAUAAAAAUCCACGAGGAUUCUAGUGGUAGUAUCUACACCACCGGGGUCACUUCCAGACUCGUCCAGUCUGAGGAGGAGUUGCUGCAGUGUCUGAAACUGGGCGCGCUGUCCCGCACCACCGCCAGCACACAGAUGAACGCUCAAAGCUCCCGCUCACACGCCAUCUUCACCAUCUACCUCUGUCAGAUGAGAGUCUGCCAGCAGCCCUUAGAAUUGUCAAACGGAGACGGGGGGACCAAGGAAUUAAAUGGUGUGGACUCCAAUGCCAUCGAGCAGCCUGAGUUUGAAGCGCUGAUGGCCAAGUUCCAUUUUGUGGACCUGGCUGGUUCGGAGAGGCUCAAACGCACUGGAGCUACAGGAGAGCGAGCCCGGGAGGGAAUCUCCAUUAACUGUGGACUGUUGGCCCUGGGAAAUGUCAUCAGUGCUUUAGGAGACCAGACCAAGAAAGGGGGUCACGUCCCCUAUCGAGACUCCAAACUCACUCGCCUGCUACAAGACUCACUAGGAGGCAACAGCCGCACCGUGAUGAUCGCCUGCGUCAGUCCGUCCGACCGCGACUUCAUGGAGACCCUGAACACCCUCAAGUAUGCCAACCGAGCGCGCAACAUCAAGAACAAAGUGGUAGUGAACCAAGACAAGACCAGCCAGCAAAUCAGCGCCCUGCGUGCCGAGAUUGCUCGCCUCCAGAUGGAGCUGAUGGAGUACAAGGCGGGGAAGCGCGUGGCAUGCGAGGACGGUUCGGAGGGUUACAGCGACCUGUACCAGGAGAACGCCAUGCUCCAAAGAGAGAACGACACACUGCGCCUCAGGGUGAAGGCCAUGCAGGAGACCAUCGACCACCUCAACACCCGAGUCACACAUCUGCUGGCCAACGAGGUCAGCGUGCUGCUCUCCAAGUCAAGUGAGGGCAACCAGGAGAUUGGGGCUCUAAUUCAGACCUACAUUCGUGAAGUUGAAGAACUCAGAUCCAAGCUGCUGGAGAGCGAGGCCAUGAACGAAUCAUUGCGACGUCAAGCCGCUCGGCCCUCCUCUCGAGCGACCUGCGCUUCCUCCUCUCUGAGCCCGGCCCCUGGACACCCCCCUGGCUCUUCCCCCUCGACCAUGUCCAUGGAGGCCGAAAUGACGGACGUGUUGCGCAGGGCCAAGCUGGACAUCGAAAAGCUGAAGAAGAAGGAGAGGAGGCAGAGGAGGAUGAGUCCAGAGUUGGAGAAAGGGUUGAAAAAACGCGUUAAGUUACACAACCACGAGAACGGCGACAACGGCCAAAAUGGACAAAACGGACUGAACGGAGAGAUCGAUUCGGAUGACAAUCACACAGAGGACAUCAUGUCGACGUUGCAGGAAGAAAGUGGUUGCGAUGAAGAGGAGGAGGAGGAGGAAGGAAGGGAGGAAGAUGAUGAGUUUGAUAGCGAUGAGAGCCUGGUGGACUCGGACUCAGAUUCUGAUGAGAAAGCCAACUUUCAGGCCGACCUUGCUGACCUGACCUGCGAGAUCGAGAUCAAGCAGAAGUUAAUAGACGAGCUGGAGAACAGCCAGAGGAGGUUGCUGAUGCUGAAGCUCCAGUAUGAGGAGAAGCUCAUUCUGCUGCAGAACAAGAUCCGAGACACCCAGCUGGAGAGGGACCGCGUGCUUCAAAACCUCAUGUCCAUGGAAAACUACACGGAGGAGAAGGCUAACCGCAUAAAGCAGGAGUAUGAGAAACGUCUUAAGGAGAUGAACCGAGACCUUUUGAAGCUCCAAGCUGCACAGAAGGAACACGCGCGUUUGCUUAAAAACCAAGGCAGGUACGAGCGGGAGCUGAAAAAACUCCAAACGGAGGUCAAUGAGAUGAAGAAAGCCAAGGUGGCGGUGAUGAAGCAGAUGAAGGACGAGCAGCAGAGAAGGAGGCUGGUGGAAGCCAAGAGGAACCGAGAGAUUGCCCAGCUCAAGAAGGAGCAGCGAAGACAAGAGUUUCAAAUCCGGGCCCUGGAGUCCCAGAAGCGACAACAGGAGCUGGUCCUGCGCAGGAAAACACAGGAGGUGACCGCCCUGCGUAGGUUGGCCAAGCCCAUGUCAGACCGCGUAGCUGGACGCGUGGCCCGCUGGAAUCAGACCGCCCCGGUUACCGACUCUGGCGCAGAGUUGUCCGCCAGUACGACGGCAAGCAGCUCCGAACCCGAGAGCGGAAAGACUGUGAGUGGGUUAGUGCGACAGUGGAACAACAAAAACAAUGGCUAUGGAUACCUGGGAGAGAGCGAGGGGAGCAUGGAUGGAACGCGGGUCAUCGGCAGCCGGAAGAAGCUGCAGCGGAAGCCGGCGGGCGUCGGCACCAACGCAACGGCGGGCCGAUCCGUAGCCUUUUCCAAGUUGGCCCGUCAAAAGUGGCAAACUCUGGAACGGCGCAUUAUGGACAUCGUCAUGCAGAGAAUGACAAUUGCCAAUGUAGAAGCUGACAUGAAUCGACUCAUCAAGAAACGAGAGGAGCUGACGGCCCAGCAGGAGGCGCUCUCGCACAAGCGAACGGUACUAAUGGCCGAAGGGGAGGGUCCAGAAGCAGAGGACCGGCUCCUUUUGGAGAUCGGCGAGGAUCUCGAGGUUCUGAACGCUAACAUCGAUUACAUAAAUGACAGUCUGUCCGACUGCCAGGCGACUAUUGUGCAGAUAGAAGAAUCAAAGGAUGAGUUGGACUCAGUGGAUACAUCAGUGGUAAUCAGCUCAUGUUCUCUGGCUGAAGCGCGCCACCUGCUGGACCAUUUUCUCAAGGCCUCCAUUGACAAGAGCUUGCAAGUGGCACAGAAGGAGGCUCAGAUCCGACUACUGGAAGGUCAGCUGAGACAGACCGAUGUGAUCGGUUCAUCCCAAAAUCACAUGAUCCUCGAUGCUCUGCGGGAAAAAGCUGAAUGCAUCCCUGAACUGCAGGCUCUCCUUCUCAAUGUACAGCAGGAGAACGGUUACGCCAGCACAGAUGAGGAACCUUCUGAGUUCAGUCAAGCCUCAGACAACAGUGUCUCUUUACUGAAAGAAUCCAACAGCCAAGAAGACCUCAAAAUAAAGGCGGAACCUCGUCUGUCAGCUCAGAUGAAGGCGGUGUCGGCCGAGUAUCUGGGUCCCGCCCUGGAGCAUUUGUCAAGCUGCAAGCAGGCGCAAAUCACAAAGUCUUUGGCCUCGCUGACCGACAUCCAGGAGGACGGUCUGAGCACGGUCAAGGCGAGCCUGGGCCUUGGUCUCAGCCUCUCUCUGCGGGACCCCUACCACAAGGACAGAGUGUCACGCACCAUCAGCUUGCCUAUCAGAGGACACACCUUUCCCAGGCAGUCACGAGGCUACGACACCUCUCCCAUCACCAGAAGGAAAUCUUAUGACCGUUCAUACAGGCCCACUGAUGGCUAUACACCACCUUCCUCCCCUCCUCUGAGGGCCAGGAAUGACCGCAACGUGUUCUCGAGGCUCACCAGCAACCAAAGUCAAGGUUCUGCAUUGGACAAGUCGGAUGACAGCGAUUCGUCGCUCUCCGAGGUGCUCAGGGGUGUGAUUAAUCCUAUCGGUGGCGUGAAGGGGGGCCGGACAGCCCCCUUGCAGUGUAUGUCUGUAGCCGAGGGGCAUUCAAAGCCCGUCCUGUGUGUGGACGCCACAGAUGAGCUGCUGUUCACUGGAUCCAAAGAUCGUACCUGUAAGAUGUGGAACCUGGUGACAGGUCAGGAGAUUGCCACGCUCAAAGGUCAUCCCAACAACGUGGUGUCAGUUAAAUACUGUCCCUCCUCGGGUUUGGUCUUUUCCGUCUCGACGUCCUACAUCAAGGUGUGGGACAUACGAGAUUCGGCCAAGUGCGUCCGUACACUCACUUCAUCAGGACAAGUCGUGUCAGGCGACGCGUGUGCCGGCGCCACCACCCGCACAAUAACAUUUGCACAUGGUGAAUGUCAGAUCAACCAAAUUGCACUCAAUCCAUCAGGAUCUGUUUUGUAUGCCGCGACUGGAAACACGGUUCGCAUUUGGGAUCUCAACAGGAUGCAAGCUUUGGGCAAGCUGACCGGCCACAUUGGUUCCGUCAUGUGUUUGACGGUGGGACAGUCUCUGCUGGGCAAAGAUCAAGUCAUCACUGGCUCGAAAGACCAUUACGUAAAGGUCUUCGAUGUGGCGGAGGGCACUCCGGGUAACAUCGGCCCGGCUCAUAACUUUGAGCCACCGCAUUACGACGGCAUCGAAUGUUUGACCGUGCAGGGAGACGUGCUGUUCAGUGGAUCGAGAGACAACGGCAUUAAAAAAUGGGAUUUGGAACAGCAGGAGCUCAGUCAGCAAAUCCCCAUUGCCCACAAAGACUGGGUGUGCGCCCUGGCUUACGUCCCGGCGAGGCCGUUGUUGCUCAGCGGCUGUCGGGGCGGCAUGCUGAAGGUGUGGAACGUCGACAACUUCACUCCCAUAGGAGAAGUCAAAGCACACGACAGCCCUAUUAAUGCCAUAUGUAGCAACUCCAAGCUGAUUUUUACUGCGUCCAGUGAUUGCAGAGUGAAAUUAUGGAACUAUGUGCCCGGCUUGACCCCGUGUCUUCCUCGCCGGGUCCUCGCCAUCAAGGGCCGAGCCACCAGCCUCCCAUGAUUAGCACCUUCCUUCCUUCCUUCCUCUGUGACAAGACGGUGAAGAUCUGGCUGUCAAAGGUGUGGAGAAAGAGGUGACAACACAACUGACGGGCGGCGGUUGUGAUCUGUGACCUCACUUCCACCACCGAGGCAAUCCCACUUUUUUUUGUCACUGUGGAAAACGGAACAUUUCCCUGAAGGGCAAGAGAAACAAUUGUUCCUUUCAUGUUUUUGUUUUUUCCGAUUGAAAUUUAAAAGUGCCGUCUGUCGCGAUGCCACUCGGACAAGGCAAAUGCAUCUUGCAGACGCUGCUGGCAGCACGAUUUCUCUCAUCGUAACAAAAUGAUGAGUGCCGUGCUCUUUCCCCUGUUUCUUGAGGAGAUUGAAAAGCAGAAUACGGAACGGAACAUCUGUGUAAACACCUCGAGUUUCCCGGAAGAAAAAAAGAUUUGUCUUUUUUAAGAUCAGUCAUCAUUUUUAUCAAGCUGUUACACAACUCGACAUCUCAAUUUUUGCCCGAGAUUUUUCUCUUAAUUAUUUAUGUCACUGACUUUCUGUGCUGAUCAACAAGUAGUGUUUCAUUUUCAUUUUCCCUACCUCAUUUGUUUUUGGACUGUGCUUUCCAAGUGGGCGAGAACAUCUUUAUGGGUCUCUUUGCACAAAAACCUUGUGCUGGACUUGUCUGGCUCUUUAUGUCUGCAAAUGUGCCCUCUGUUGGCUCAGCCUGUCUUGUGCUGACCUUGCAAACAGAACAGCACACAUCCAGUAGCACAAGCGAGGUGAUACUACCCCUGGAGGAGCUCACUAGACUUCAUUAUCUUGUGCAAAAAGUCCAGACGACAGCAGAAAUAUGAAACACCCCCUGCAGACGACCGCAGAUUAGUCCCAGCCCCCACCAGAGCCCCCAACAAUCCCUCUCAGUCUGUUUACAUUGUUGAGAAUAUCCGGUAAUUGGCAUGGGUGCAAUCAUGCCAAUUAAGCUCAUCGAUCAUAAAGUUACAGUCUGUAGUGCAGGAAAAGCAAAUUUCUGGACUGGAAUGAUCUCUGAACGUGCUCCUUGGCGGAUUCAGAAGUCAAGCACAGUGGAACCUCUUAGGUUGAACUCAACAGAAUGCCAAACAUCUGUCAUUACCUCAAGCACUUUAACUGGAAUGAUGAAGGUGUCUCAUUUUUCUUCAUUGUUACUUGCUGCCUACGAGGAAAAAGAAAUGGGGAAACGUAAGAAAAAUGUCUUCCAUACCAUAAAGAUCAGAAGUUGUCACAACAAAAAAGCCAAAGAAAGAGCCAAGCCCUCAUUCUGAGCGAUUCCUUUGACAAUUAAUUACUGACGUCUUGUGUAACGUCUUACAAGAAAUUGCAUUGAACCUUUGUUUGACAUUAAAGUCUUCGGAAUUAGGGGGUUCAAUUCCAGAGGUUCCGCUGUAAUUGAUGUCGCUCUUCCAAGGAGAGAAUGACCAAUUGAGCCUACUCACGGCAUGUGCAAAAUGUAACAAAUCCAACCAAAUCACACUUUGUCUGUUCACACGUAUUAGGAGUAACACAGAAUGCUAAUCUGAAAAACCGAGAAGGAUGGCAGAUCUCCACCUCUGACAGCAGAGGUGGAAAUCUGCUUUCUGCUUUCCCCCUUUUCCCGGCAAGUGAAAGUCUGUGUGAAGCUAAUUUGAUUAGCGCUGUCACAUUUCUCCCGGCUGCUCUGCGGAGGAGAUUUCUUUUUGCUGGAAAGCAGGUCACAACUGAGAGGGAUUCUGAAAUCUCCCUCCACACUUCAGUUGCUCCAUUAAAGAGUCGGAACACAUUUCUUACGGACACUGAUUGCAGAAUUAAUGUCCACUGGAUAUCCUUGUUUGUUGUUGUUGUUGCAGAACACCUAAUUUGGACAGGAUUCUUCAAGCAAUCAAAAUAAGCCAAAUCCCCCCAGCCCAAGCUCCUGCACCCUGUACAUGACAGAAAUUCUAUGAAAUGAUGCAAGGUUGUGUUACACUGAAUUUCUGCAGUACACGCUGCUGAAACACUCCAAAAGCAAUUUGUUUGUUUUUAUCAAUGCAAGUAUGUGGACCUGCGUCACUGCCAGGCGUGUUGUUGGUUUCUAUAUUUUUUUUUCUAUGUGGAGCAACUCAGGUACAGGUUGAAGGAUCAUUUUAGUUUGUCAUCACUUGAUGUGAUUGUUUUGGGUCGCGUUAUUUUUUUUUUCUUCAAAAUGCCUUGUUUGUGUAAAAGGGGGCUCUUAACCGUAUCACCCUGUUCAUACUACUUCUACAUUUUCAUUUUUGUUUUUUUAUCUAUACACUUUUCUGUGUAGUCUUGCUCUGUUGUAAAAAUCUUAAAAGUAGGUUUUCACAAUUUGUUGUGUAAAUCAGUGGAGGAUUUAUAUAGGAUUUGGCUUCCAGCGUUGGCGUUACUGUAUUUUAGUCUGUGCCAAUUAGCCAAUCAAAGCCAUUUGCCACUUUUCAUAUUUCUAGGUCAUACCUGGAGAGGAGAGGAUCUCACUGUGAGUGGCCCCCUACCGAAACACACAAUGUUCAUGGUACUAACUGAAUGAUUGCACAUCUGAGAAAGGAGAUUGCAGUUUGGAAUGAUCAGCCUCAGUGCUUAACACCUGCAUCCAAUUCGCCACGGUAUCACACUGGAUAGAUUUCAAAGUCAUCGCUUUUCCUUCCCUUCAACAUCAUUUUUUAAUCUGGCCAUCAUUCCCUUCAAAGUUUGUGCCUAGUUCUAAAGAAAGGUUUGUCCAACGACAGUUUACCGCUUGACGUGGUGUAAAUAGUCAUGCCAUAACUUUCAUGUUUGCAAACUGACUUUCUUCAGACAGCCUCGCUUCAUAUUCAAAGAGUAUUACUGGCCAUGUGUGGAGAAAAAAGUUGAGGGAAAAAAAGGUCCUUUUAAGUUUUGUAAUGUCAUUCGAGGCAAGACUGUUGAGGAAAACCUAAAAUAGUAACUAAAAUGACCUUUGUUAUUUCUCCCCGCUCAUCAAACCCAGUCUUGAAGUAACGUCUAAAGUUAAUCCUUGAUUAUUAUCGGCUUUAUUUCUAGUGAUACAGAGCCUGCCAAUCUCAGACUGAAAAUACUAAUACUCUCAUACUCUGAAAGUUAGGCCUUAAAUGUUUUUGUUUUUUUUAAAUAGUAGCCACUGGCCACUGUUGUGAAUAGUCCACAAAUGUACUGUAU